AUGAUGAGGCGCGAACUUUUGAUGGAUGGCCAUGAAAUGGAUCCUCUUUUUCUUCCCCCUCAACCCCAUGUAGUUCUGCGCGAAGAAUUCCGGGCGUCCCCCACGGACCAGCGAGUAGCCAAGGGGGAAACUGUUCGCCUCCCCUGCUCGCCCCCCAGGGGUCAACCUCCCCCGGUGGUCCGAUGGCUCAAAGAUGACGUCAUCCUGGAACUCGAAAGACCUUCGGGUUCGGCCCACAUGCGAUUGGAUGGACAUGAUCUCAUCAUCAAAAACGUCACGAAAGCCGACGAAGGCCUGUACGUCUGCGAGGCGGAGAACGACGUGGGAGUCCGACGCACCGAGCCUGCCCAACUCACAGUAUUAGUGAAGCCGUUCUUCAUCAAGAAACCCUUAGACGUGACUGCAGUCGAGGGCGAGGAGGUAGAGUUUCUCUGCAAAGUGGGAGGAGAUCCAUUGCCUCACGUAACUUGGAGACGUCGUAACGACCAAGUACCGAUUGGAAGGGCUCAGCCCAUCAAUGACAGAGGCCUAAAAUUCUUUGAGGUCCUUCCCGAAGAUACAGGCGUUUACGUGUGCGAGGCCGAGAACGUCGUUGAUAAGGUCACCACGCAUGCCACUCUCACAGUCCAUGAUAAGCCCAGAUUCAACGUGAAGCCGGAGGACCAGGUUUCUACAGCGUUUCAAAGCGUGUCGUUUAGCUGUAUUGCAUCUGGGAAUCCUUCUCCGAGGAUUUUCUGGCGUCGUCAAGGAGACCAGACACUGAUCCGACCAGGACAGAGCUUGGGGAGGCUUUCGGUGACGUCAGCUGGGACUCUAACGCUGAAGGAAACGAAACCCGAGGACGAAGGGACAUACGUUUGCAUGACACUGAACUCUGCUGGCGCUAAUCAGGCCAAAGCUCGUUUGAUCUAUCAAGAGCCACGUCGAUUGCCACCUCCUGUGAUAAAAUACGGCCCUGCAAAUCAGACGUUACCGGUCGGUUCGAGUGCCACUCUCAGAUGUGAAGCGACUGGACCUUUGCCUGUGGAAAUCACUUGGCGACAAGAUGGAGAGCCACUUCGACUCGACCACCAAAGAAUGACCCUCGAACGCGGGAACUUGUGGCUGGGAGACGGAGCGACUUACACUUGCGUGGCGACUUCGGAUUCUGGUCAGACGACGUGGUCCUCUCGUCUUCGAGUGGAGAAGCCUCAAAAUCCGAACGUGAUGUUCCACAAGUCCUCUGAUCCAGUGACGUUUCCUGGUCCCCCUUCUCGGCCUAACGUGGUCAAUGUGACGAAGACUUCGGUCACUCUCAUGUGGGACAGAAGCCCUCGCGUUGGUUCCUCAAACAUCAUCGGUUAUAUGAUUGAAUAUCAUAACAUGAACCGUAGCAGUGGGUGGGAACGAGUUGGCUACAGUAUUACCAGUCAGGUCUACACGAUCGACGGGUUACACCCGGAGGAAGUGCAUGUUUUCAUUGUGAGAUCUGAGAACAGUCAUGGAUUAUCUCCGCCCAGUCCCAUCUCUGAGAAAGUGUAUACAGGAGCCAAGGGAUCUAGGUUCGAAUCGGGUUCUGUUACUGAAUCCAUCAAUAAUCCUCUUGAUGGUGUCACAGUGAAACUGGAACGCGCCCAAGCUGUAUCCCCCGACUCCGUCCGUCUGUCGUGGAAGAUAACGAAAGGAUCGGCGGAUGUAGAAGGUUUCUACAUUCGAUAUACGGAAGCAGAAAGCGAGUCUCCAGUGCACAUCUUGAGCUUGGUAUUGAGUCGGGAAGAGCCGAUAUCCACGUACGUGGUGAGGGCUCUCAACAUGUCAACUAACUACGAAUUCUUUCUCGUCCCCUUCAUCGGUUCAUUCGUCGGGAUCCCCUCAAAUCUUCAAACCGUGCAAACCAUGGAAGGAGCUCCUUCGGCUUCUCCGAUCUUGAUCACGGUCCGUCUUUUGAACGGGAGUUCGGCGCUAGCCUCGUGGGAGCCUCCAGCUGCUCGCUUCCACAACGGCAUCUUACUCGGUUAUCAGGUCCGACUGAGUGUCUCUGGAGAAGAGCCAGCUUCAUCUGUAUCUUCAAACGCGACGAGAACCUCGAUAGUAUUCCACAGUCUUAAUAGCACCCAGAGUUAUGUAUUGAGAGUGGCAGCUUUUACGAAGGCUGGGAUGGGUCCAUUUUCCACGCCAGUGGAAGUGAAAAUACCUGGGCCUCACUUGACCCCUCAUCUCGUUGCUGGCGACAGUCGAGAUGUGGCGCAAGAGGCCUGGUUCAUUGGACUCAUUGGGGGGCUCAUGUUCAUCCUCCUGGGGGUCUUCGUCGUUAUCAUCUCGAUCCGCAGGAGACAGGCCAAUAAAUUCUCCACUGGCGGCUUCACCGAGUCCCAGAAAGUACCCGGGAUGUGUUAUCUGAACGGAGGGAAAGAGAAUCUUUGGUUAGAGCCAAAGUGGCGACGUCACGGACCAGGAGAGCCAACGGGGAAUCCAGGAGAGGACUCGGAAAAAAAGGCCCUGAAUGGACACGGGCUGGAUUCUAGCGAACAGCAGCUUCUCUUAACCGGCGGGAAUCCCUCCAAUACCCCGAUACCGUAUGCAUCCACGGCGGUGAUCCAGUCUUAUUUGGAGUCGAGGAGUCUGAUCCACUCUGGAAACGGGUCCCCUAGCCCUGUUCCGGAUGUCCUUCUCUAUGACAACGCCGGUCAAUUCCGAUCGGGAUCUCAUUCCGGAAGCUCCUGCAAAGGCCGGGCUCCAACACUUAUGUCCUUCGAGAGAUACCCUCAGCGUGGAUCCAAGAGAUCACUUACCUCGACGGGAUCUCAAACUCGAAGGGAUAAUAAUAACGAAGUCGGAGGAGUCGUGCUUGACUGGUCCGAAAUCAUUCCACCCCCACCUCCCCCCGCCCCCGAAAACUCCUCUCAGGUAUCAUUCGAUAAGGGGAUGGGGCAACGAGGUCGACGGUGCAUGUACCGUCGAGUACCAUUCCAAGGACUGAAUUCUUUGCCCACACCUUCUAUGAUGGAAGGGGUAUGCGAAGAGCAAAUCCAGGGCCAGGGUCCCAUGCAAGACCGAUGCAUUCAGUCCUCGUUACCCAGUCUCCUCCCCAAUCCUCACGAGCAACGCCUCGAUGAGAUCUCAGGUGCUGCGAUCUCGUGUCUCAGAGAGAAACUCGAGGGUCUGUACACGGAAGUCGAUAGCCUGUAUCGGAGAGGGAGCUCCGACGAUUCCAGUCAUAAUGAAGAGGAAGACACCGACUAUUGUUGCAGUGAAUCCGAUAAAGAAUCCGACUUCAACGCCGUGGCGCUGGCCGUCAAACACCGAAGGCAGGACGUGAAGUCGAAGAGUGGAAUGAAGUGUGACAGGAGGAAGACAUCGCCCAACUCCAACUACAAGGCCUUCACCGGUCAGCAGUCGGUGGAUAUUUGAAGAACGGGGGUGAAGGAAAUGUCUGUGAUACUUUUAGACAAGGUUUCCUAUCAAGCUAAAAUGGUCGCUGCUGCUUGUUAUUUAUUGGUUGAAUCUCAGAGUUGUUACAGGUGCCAAUCAUUGAGAAAAACCAGACGUGUCUGUAAGGAAGCUUUCACUGCCAAGCUGAUCGGCGUGCUAAGCCAGUUCGUUCGCUUUCUUUUUCUCUAAAAAAAAAUAAGAGUAGUUUGGAGAUGGCAUAUCUUAAGCAAUGGAGAGAAAACGUGAUCCAUAUCCCAG